CUCUCUCUCUCUCUCUCUCUCUCUCUCCCUCUCUUUCUCCCAGGUGUGCUGAUGCACCGGGGCUACCCUCUGGACCUGUUUAUGGCCCAAUGCUACGGCAACACCAGCGACCCCGGGAAAGGCCGCCAGAUGCCCGUCCAUUACGGCUGCAAAGACUUGAACUUCGUCACCAUCUCAUCCCCGCUGGCCACCCAGAUCCCACAAGCGGUGGGGGCCGCCUAUGCCUUCAAGCGGGCGAACACAAACCGCGUCGUCAUCUGCUACUUCGGCGAAGGGACGUCCAGCGAGGGGGACGCCCACGCAGGCUUCAAUUUUGCCGCCACCCUCGACUGCCCAAUCAUCUUUUUCUGCCGGAACAACGGCUACGCCAUCUCCACUCCAACAUCUGAACAAUACCGGGGCGACGGAAUCGCUGCCCGGGGUCCCGGUUACGGCAUCCAGUCUAUCCGUGUAGAUGGCAACGACGUCUUUGCCGUGUAUAAUGCCACCAAGGAGGCCCGGCGCCGAGCCGUGGCCGAAAACCAACCGUUCCUCAUUGAGGCUAUGACCUACAGGAUCGGGCACCACAGCACCAGCGAUGACAGCUCAGCCUACCGCUCCGUGGAUGAAGUCAAUUAUUGGGACAAGCAAGACCAUCCCAUCUCAAGACUCCGCCACUACAUGACGAGCCGCAACUGGUGGGACGAGGAGCAGGAGAAGAGCUGGCGGAAGAAAUCGCGCAAACGGGUCAGUGGUUGAGCCGAAAGAUAUACGUGCCCCUGGGGCCGCUAGGACC